UUGGCGCAGUGUGUGUGGACUUCUGCAGCAAACCGUGCUUGGAGCUCCGGUGUUUUUUUGUUUUUUUCUUCUUCUAUACACAACAACGCUCUUCUUUGUUGAUCUUAUGCACUGUAGAUGUACCCUGACUGUGGCUCAGGAUUGAGCUCUUCACAAGGUCUAACAUUGGACUCCACUUUCCCCAAGAUGCAUCUGUGAAAGGAGGUGCAAGAUGCCGCGGACCAAGCAGAACAACCCGAAAAAUUUAAAAGAUAAAAUCGAGGAAGCACAGAAAGAACUGAAAGACCCCAAAAGUUCGCAGAAAGGGAUUUCUGAAAGCAGUCGAAGAAAUGCAGAUAACGUUAAAGGACUGAAGAGGAAAAAAGUGGUUGCAGGAAAUCAGCUGAAGAAAAUUCCUAAGUCUCCAGUGAAAAAGCCCCUGCAGUCCAAACCAUCCGAAACUGCCCUCCACGGAGCACCUUCCAAGAAAACUACACCUUCAUGCUCCUCCUCCAACAGUCCUUCCACCAAUCCUUCAACAUCACCCAGUGGGAAAAGGGACCCUCAGUAUGUCCAACCAGAUGCAGUGUCCCCUGGCAAAGGGGCAUCUUCCACUGACCAUGAAAGGCUGAAGCAAGAAGAAACAUCUUCUAGGCCACCAUCACUAGGGCCCACUGAUGGUGAGGAGGGGUCUUUGAUUACGACUAAAGUAUCUCAGCCCAAACACAGCACAAGCCAAGAGCCAAGCUUUGAGGGAGAUCCCUACCACACCAGUGCUCCACUUGAUGUUCUACUUAAGGCCAUGGAGCCUGACUUCAGUACGCUGGCUGAGAGGAAAAAAUCCUUACAAGUCACAGCCAUUGGGAAACCAGGUCCCACACUUAACCCUCAAUCCUGUGGUGAAGUACCAACAAUGCCAUCACUCAAUGUAGGGCUUCAGACUCAACAUUCUCAUAUGCAAACUUAUUACAUUGACAAACAAGGCAACUUCAUUGGCAUUGCAGCACCACUACAGGGAAAUGUGCAGACAUCAACACAGGGUACGUCUUUGCAAUCUCCCCCGCUUGCUACACCACAGUUUAUGCCUGUUCCUUCAAAUCCAGAAAAACCAAGAUUACAAAUGAGCUUUAAUACUGGACCAUCAACUUUAACUCACGCACCUGUUCCCUCAGGCUCUACUUCUUUGCCACAAAGCCAACCCCCAGUUGUGCAAACAUGCCAGUCUGUCUCAGCAAGUGUUCCCAGCAGCAUUCAGGUCCCAGUUACACCUGGCGGCAACCAAGUUCAGAUGACAACUGUAAUGAACUUUGGUUCUGAACAAAUCUCCAAAGACCAAAAGCCUAAGAAGCCAGGAAAAUAUGUUUGUGAAUACUGCAACCGGGCAUGUGCAAAACCCAGUGUGCUGCUCAAACACAUCAGGUCUCACACAGGAGAAAGACCAUACCCAUGUGUUACCUGUGGCUUCUCAUUCAAAACCAAGAGCAACUUGUACAAGCACAAGAAAUCACAUGCCCAUGCUAUAAAGCUUGGUCUCAUUGCACGCUCUGAAUCGGGAGGUGGAUCGCUAUCUCAAGAGUCUGAUAAAGCCCUUGGGACACAUUCAGAAGCAGAGGACAGUGGGGACAGUGAUGAGGAAGGUAGCACUGCAGACUUGGAUCCUGACUCCUCACAGAGCAGUGUGGCAGCUUUAUCUGAAAAUAGUUUACAGAGUACAGGUACAACCCAAGCAAACCAUGUAGAAGCAGACUCAUGUGCUGUGUUCGAGUCUGGCAAACCAGUAACUGGUCAGAGGUCUUAUGAGCCCAAAGUGACAGCUGCACUUCCAAAAGUUGUUGUAUAUCCAGUUAAUGUCUCCCCUUUGAGAGCAGACAGCCCAAGAGUGACUGGGGCAGCACCUGAGCAAGCAGCUGCACGGCAACGUGAGUUCCAGACCGCCAACCUGAGAUCCAGUAUCACAGUUUUGUCAUCUUUGAAGGAGGUGGAUGGUACAAAUCCUUCACUAGACAUAGCAAGUGAAGAUGAAGACCAACAGUGCAAAUCUCCCCUGUUAGGUGGACAUGCUCAACUUCAGAGACAACAAGCAACUGAUUUUUCUCAACCGCAACAAGUUAAGUGUCUACUAAGUCCCCGCAGUUUGGGAAGCACAGACUCUGGCUAUUUCUCACGCUCUGAAAGUGCUGACCAAGCCAUGAGCCCACCAAGUCCAUUUGUAAAGAUUAUUCCACCAGUAGACAUUGACAUUACCAAGAAUGCUCUUUCAAACAUCCCUCCAACAGUUGCCACUGUAUUGCAUGUAGCAACUGAGCAAAAGCACCGAGCUGUGGAAGGACAAAUGCGUCCACCACUAGAGACAAAAGCACUGUCUUUGGAAGAACGAAUUUCAAAGCUGAUAUCUGACAAUGAGGCAGUGGUUGAUAACAAGCAGUUGGACAGUGUAAAACCAAGGAGGACUUCUCUCUCAAGGAGAGGCAGUAUAGACUCUCCAAAAUCAUACAUAUUCAAAGACUCUUUUCAGUUUGAUCUUAAACCAAUAGGAAGACGAUCAAGUUCCAGUUCUGAUAUCCCCAAGUCCCCAUUCACUCCCACUGAUAAAUCUAAGCCAGUAUUUCUCCUCUCUGUACCCUCUCAAUACCCGCCAAUGGAUUGUUUGCCAAUAACACGGAGUAACUCCAUGCCUACCACACCAGGACACUCUGCUCUCCCCGUAAAUGUUGCUCCUCUCCCACACCCUUUGCGAAUUUGCCAGUCAUUCGAUGAUAAAAUUAGUUCACUAAACGAUGAUGUAUUUUCAUCAGCUCCAUCAACCCCAAAUCCAGCAAUACACUCUCGCACCUUAGUCAGACAAGCAGCAGUGGAAGACUUUUCCACAAGUGAGGGGCAUGGACUCCCUACUGUCCGCUCAAUGGAUGAGGGAUAUCAUGGUCCAAGCAAUUUCACAGAACUCAUGCAAAGGAGCAGAUCUUUUGAGCACAACCAGGAGAGAAACCGAAAGCCUCUGCAAAAUAAAGGCACGAUGUAUGAGUGUGAAACCUGUCGUAACCGGUACAGAAAGCUAGAAAAUUUUGAAACUCACAAGAAGUUCUAUUGUUCUGAGCUUCAUGGUCCAAAAAACAAGCCAGUUGCUGUAAAAGAAACUGAUCAAGAUGUUUUUCAUGUCAAUAUGCAGCAGCCCAUUGUCCCAAGAUCAGCUAUACUUGAUCAGCAGACAUCAAUUAGAAAGAGAAGGAAAAUGAAGAGUGUUGGAGAUGAAGAUGAUCAGUCUCCAACAGACACCACACCACCUUGUUCAGUGAGUUUUGAUGCAUGUCAGUUACCAACAGCUCUUGCAGGACGUACAUUUUCCCAGCAUGCUGUAAUGGUAGACAUACAGCCUAAAAACAACCAGACAAAACUACCUCAGAUUCAACUUGUAGCAAGAGGUAUAAAUGCGUCAGAUUCUAGACUGUCUCCGAUACGAGAAACCCAGAUCAGUAUUUCCAGUAAAGGGGAAAUGCAGAGACAAGGCAGUGGUACUUCAGUCAUUAGACACACCAAUUCUCUAAGCAGACCCAAUUCCUUUGAGACAGAAUCUAUUGACAGGGUGUCACCAGUUGAGAGUAUGGAAAAAGAUCCUCUGAAUAAACCCAAAACAGAUGCAAUAUCAAGUAUUUCAAUUGACAGCUACCAUGAAAAGAUAUCCAAACCCAAGAGUGUUGACUAUGGAAAACAAAGGAUGGAACAAUGCGCCGAUGGCACAGUAGGAGAAGCUGGUGCAAACUCUACUCCUGUCCAUCAAUCUCGUCUGGUUCGUCAAAACAACAUCCAAGUUCCUGAAAUUCUUGUCACAGAAGAGCCAGACAGAGAGCAUGAAACACAAACCACUGAAUCAGCAGAUAAGCCUGCAGAUCAGUUUAACUGGCCUCAGAGAAGUGAGAGCUUGUCAAAGUUACCGGCAGAGAAACUUCCACCUAAAAAGAAGAGAAUCCGUCUUGCCCAAAUGGAACACUCAUCAGGCGAAUCCAGUUUUGAAUCCAGCCUCUCACGAAGCCUCAGUAGAGACAGUAGUCUCUCUCGCUGUUCUAGUAUUUCUGCCUCUUUUGACAGAGAGGAGCCAUCCAGGUCAGAGAGUCCUUCUAGAGCAGAGUGCGUCAGCAAAAUCUCAGAGACACAAGGCUUGCCAGCAGCCUUCAAUACCCUUGGUGUACCUGGCAUGAUGAGGCGUGCUGCAUCUGAACAGAUCACCUGUACUCAGCCCUCUGUGGAGAUUUCAUGUGAUUAUCGGAGCAAGUCUUUUGAUUGUGGCAGUGUGUCUCCCAGCAGAUCUCUGUCCCCUGUUGGCCAUCCAAAAAGUGGGCAAGUCUCUCAAGUUGCUCCGGUGCCACUUAUUGAAAGAAGGAGAGGACCAUUAGUUCGCCAAAUGUCUUUGAAAAUAGGUCCUGAGAGUCAGCAGCCUGUUCGCAAAACUGUCAUACCUCUUGAAAAACCUCCCAUAACAAAUGUUUGCUCUUUAACUCAGAAUAAACCCCAACAGAUUCAUAUUGCCAACAGGAUCAACAUGGCUCAGCCUUUUGUCCUACAUAGUGGAGAGCCACCUUUGCAAAAGAAUGAGCAAAUAGUGCAGAGCAUUAACUUGGGCAGUCCAACUCAACAGCCCCAAGUCCAUGGCCUUCCACACCCUUGGCAUCAGACAUCAAGGGUUCAAAUAUGCCAAAAGAUGCAACAGCCUCUGAACCAGAUCUUAGUUUGUCGGGACAAUGUUCAGAACAAGUCAGCUGACUCUGAAGGAAAGGAAUGUUUUGUGCCCAAAUAUCAACUGCCGUGUCCUACUCUGAGAGCAAGCCAAACAUUUUCAUUCUCCAACACACAGGGAACUCAAAUUGCUUUGCCAGUUUUAACAAUACCUAUUGCCAAUCCAAUUUUGAGCAUUUCAAAACCUUCUGAAGUACUUCAAAAUGUUUUUGUUGCUCAACCAACUCAACAGGCCACUGAGAUUAAGACACAAGGUGUUGUUUUGCCAGUUGAACCUCCAAGGGAUAAUUUCAAACACAACCAAGCAGGUUCUAUACCAUUGCCACAGAUUCUGAUAACUCAUGAACAAAUGCACUCUACUCCCUCUGUACCUAGUAAAAACAGCUUUUUAUCAGCUCAGUCUGUCGAUAGUGAUACUCAUGCUUCACCAAUGAUAAAGAAGGAUAAUAUUCAAAGCGUUAGCAGUCAAAACCAUACUGGAGAGCAUGCACCUUCUCUUGGGUCUUUGCACUGCACGCAGAAACUGGCAUCUGUAACUUUGUGUCCACAGCAAGAACCCACUGCUUCAAGUAAACGAAUGUUAUCACCUGCCAACAGCUUGGACAUCUACAUGGAAAAGCACCAAAAGCGAGCUAAGGAUGAGCAUGGUGUGGCCUGCCUAACUGAUGGCAGGUCAGUCAACUAUCUUAAUUCUAAGAUGUCGGAGGUGACCAGACAGCGAAAGCUAACACUUGUGCGCCAGGUUUGUACAACUGAACCAGCGGACAGUCCAAUUGAAACUGAGGCCCCCCCUCUGCCCCAGGUUAAAACAGAUGCUGAGAAGGACUUAGAAGCUACUGAUGAUGUCAAGCCCAUGUCACCUGACAGUGCUGGUCUAGAAAAAGGCAGAAGUACUAUAAUUCCUGAGGAGGCACGCUCUGUAUUGAAUACUACACCUGGUAACCAGGGAACCUCCAUGCCAGUUAAUUCCACUUUGAAGCCUCAAGAAAAAGCUGAGGAACAGAGGUGGACUCCUGCCAAAUCUCCUAUUAGGCCUUCCAGUUUCCAUGGUGGUCAGGUAAAACUGACCACAUCUGUUUCUGUGGUUAACACAAAAGACAGCCAUCGACUGUCUUUUCCAAGCCUGAAGACUGCCACAACUUUUACAUGGUGUUUCCUGAUGAAGAGGAAACCUCUUCACGUUCCUCAAACUGACCUGAAGACUUCAGCAUAUGCUUCCUGGACUGUCUGCCCCAAUAACCCCAACCCACUUGGGCUGCCAACUAAAGUGGUCAUGUCUCUGUUCGACUCCAAGCAGAGCGCUAAGAAAAUACACUACACCUCGGCCAUAAGAACUGGUGGAAUAAAAGACAUCUUGUCUUACUCGGGAAAGUUGAAGGAUGUCAUGCCACGGGUGCCACCAAUCCAGAAGUCAAAGUCGAUUGAAAUGAGAGGUAAGGUGCAACCAGAAACUCAGACAAGCACUGAAGCAGACAAGGACUUGGCAUCUAAAACGGAACCAAGACGGGUUAAAAUAUUUGAUGGCGGAUAUAAAUCUAAUGAAGAGUAUGUGUAUGUACGUGGUCGUGGGCGUGGUAAAUACAUUUGCGAAGAAUGUGGGAUCCGCUGUAAGAAGCCCAGCAUGCUGCGCAAACACAUCCGUACACAUUCUGAUGUCCGGCCUUACCACUGUGUCCACUGCAACUUCUCUUUCAAGACAAAAGGAAAUCUGACCAAGCACAUGAAAUCCAAGGCCCACAGUAAGAAAUGCAUGGAGAUGGGGGUGCCUGAGGGUCUCAUUGACGAUCAGGAUGCGGAGGACUCCGGAGACCGCAGCCAGGUGAGCAGCGCCGACCGCCAAGAUUCAGACGGCGAUGACUCCGAUGGCCCCGACGAUGAGGAGAACGACGACAACGAGGAAGAAGAGGAGGACAGUCAGGCAGAGUCUGGCCUCUCCACCAACCCGUCUGUUUCUGCCAGCCCACAGCACAUCCCAUCCAAAGAGGCUGAAGUCCCCCCUAGUGCCCUACUAGCCCAAAUGUCAAUCAGCUCAGCCCCCCUCCCUUUCUCCCAGCCUCCAGCUCCUGAAUCCCACACAUCAGACUCAGAAUCUGUUCCCAUGAUGAGCCCUGUGUCCCUGAGCAAACAGAUAUGCAUCUCCGGGUCGUGCAUCAGCCCAGUUCCCCUUCCUAACUCUCCUCCAGCUGUCGCCACCACAUCCGACUCCUACACCUCAGAUACAGAGUCAGUGCACAUGAUGAGCCCUGUGUCACCGUGCAGGCAGAUGUCUAUCGACUACCCUGACUUUGACGUCCCCCCUAGUCCCCCAGUGCCAGGCAAAGGCUCCAAGCUUGGCCAGGAUGUCUGCUCUGCCUCUUCCACUGUGACGACCAGUGAACUGGGAAUACCAGUGGACCGGAGUACUCAGACUUCCUCCUAUGCUGCUCAAAGUCCCAUGCACUUUCCCCAACACUUGUCCCAAACACCUGGAGCGGAGACCCAGACCCACCUGUUCAGCCACCUGCCCCUGCACUCCCAGCAACCUUCUCGCUCCUCUUACAGCAUGGUCCCAGUUGGGGGGAUCCAGCUGGUUCCUGCCGGCCUAGCAGCUUAUUCCACCUUUGUACCAAUCCAGGCUGGUCCUGUCCAGCUCACCAUCCCGGCAGUGAGUGUCAUCCACAGAAACACGAGCCCGUUACCGCCGCCCAACACCCCACCGCAGGCAGAGGGUUUGCAGGCUCAGCCUCUUGUGGUUCAGGAACCAGUCAGUAGUGUUGUGCCCUGCUUCCCUUUAGGGCAGGUCGCCGGUCUGCAGGCUCAAACGAUACAACCAGUGGGUCUGGAAGCGCUCAACCUAAUGGGGCUGACCAACACCGGCUUGGCAUCCACCCAGCUGCUGCCCCAGCAAGGGCUCACCCUCAACGCCACCCUCGGUCUGCAGGUUUUAGCCGCUAACCCCACUUCCCAAAGCAGCACAGGCCCUCAAACACAUGUGCCAGGCCUGCAGAUAGUUAACAUCGCGCUGCCUGCCAUCAUUCCUUCUGUCAGCCCCCUCUCGACCCUUAGUCCUCUUCCUGGGUCGUCAGAGAGGCAGGGCAGCCCAGAGACUCUGGCAGCCCACCAACCUCAAAUCGAACACGCCCCAAGUCCUUCAAAGAGUUGCAUGUCACCUUCACCCCCUGCUCCUUUUAAGGCCAACAGCUCUGAAGAACAGACCUCAGGCCCCAGACCUGGUUCUGGAGCCAGCGGUGGAGCAGAGUUAACAAAGAAUGUGGAGAAGGAGGAAAGGGAUAAAUCCCCACGGCAGCAUCCAUCACCAGCUCCCGAGAGUCGAUCCGACAGCUAUAAGGGGUCACCAGCUGAGGGAGCUCGUGAUGCAACACCUCUGAGACCAGCGCUGGCGUCCAGCUGGCAGAAGGUGACUAAUGAUGACUAUAAUGAGGCAUCCAGUGAUGAUGAAGACAGACUGGUCAUUGCCACCUGAAGACCCCAAGAGAAAAGCUCUCCUUCAUUCUCUUUUUGUAAUUCUUGUCACUUUGUAAGACUGAAACACUUCUUCAGGGGUUUGUUUCUUUGCAAAUCACCUUUCAAAGCACAGAUGCUGACAUUCAUAUUGUAUGUGCAAUCAUAUGAGAAUUAUAAUGAUGACCAAUCAUUUUAUUUUUACUUCUUGUCAGCUCCAAACAACUUGUUUCUUUUGUACAUGUUGUAUAGACAAUUGUGCCUUUAUGGAGUUUCUUGUUUAGGAACCUGUACAUAAUUACUUAUAAAUUCAGUAGUUGCUUGUGUUUAUUUCAAACAAUAAGUAAAGAGAGACAUAACAGGUGGAGAUCAGUUUUAUUUUGGAGGAUUUGUCAUUCGUAAAUUUAUGGAAUUAUCAAUGUUGUACUGGUAUAUGUACAUUUCUAUGGAUUAUGGGGCAAUGUUUCUGUGUACAGAUGUUGUGUUCAACUAUUUAUUAUAAUCCAUCUAGUGCCCAUUAUGAUUCAUAAGUCCAUAGGUAUGUGCAUUAUGGUAGCUUUACAUUGCUGUAUGAAUAUUCUUAACUGUAUCAGUAAAAAUUUGUUUAUAAAAAUAAA